CAUAGUCCAGAAAAGCCGCCCUCCACACAGUUACAACUAAAAUGGUGUCCCCCACCGGGAGCGCGACCGGCGAUGCAAUUUGCUAUAUAAACGGGAAGCGCUACGUGCUUCCACCUGGCCGUGGAGAGGUCACUUUGCUGCAAUUCCUGCGAGAGAAUGGCCUCACUGGCACCAAGCUGGGCUGCGGCGAGGGCGGCUGUGGGGCUUGCACCGUCAUGCUCUCAAGUUGGGAGGACGGGAAGGUGCAGCACAGGUCGGCAAAUGCGUGCCUGUGCCCACUGUACGCGGUGGAGGGCAUGCAGGUUGUGACCGUGGAAGGCCUGGGCAACACUCGCGAUGGCCUGCAUCCGGUGCAGCAGAAGCUGGCGGUUAUGCACGGCAGCCAGUGCGGCUUCUGCACGCCCGGCUUCGUCAUGUCCAUGUACUCGCUGCUUCGCUCCAGCACCGAGCCGCCCAGCGAGGACGACAUCGAGGACGCGCUGGGCGGAAACCUGUGCCGCUGCACUGGCUACCGCCCCAUUCUGGACGCGUUCAAGACCUUCGCCAAGACUGACCCCGCAGCCUACACGGAGGAGGCCAUCGCAGCCUCCAAGGGACUGGGUCCCGACGGCACCGCCGCCACCAACGGCGCCGCCAAUGGCGCCUCCGGCGGCGCCGUGUGCCCAUCCAGCGGCCUGCCCUGCGACUGCAAGAAGGCCGCGGGCGAGGGCUGCGGGUCUGCAGCCAACGGUGCGGGUAACGGUGCCGGCAACGGUAACGGCUGCGGCGCAGCGGAUUGCUGUAAGAAGACCGGCGGCGCGUGCGGCGGCGGCUCCAAGGCGGCGAAUGGCGCUGGCGGCGGCGGCAAGGCCACGUGUGAGCCCAUCUUCCCGCCGGAGCUCAAGAAGCGCGAGCCGCAGCCGCUGGCCAUUGCAGGCGAGGCGCUGACGUGGCACCGCCCCGUCUCCCUGGAGGCCCUCCUGGAGCUCAAGGCCGCGCACCCCGCCGCCAAGCUGGUGGUGGGCAACACGGAGGUGGGCAUCGAGAUGAAGUUCAAGGCGGCCCGGUACCCAGUGGUCAUCGCGCCCACACACGUCAAGGAGAUGAACGCGAUCACGGUGACGGACGCCGCCGUGGAGGUGGGCGCGGCCUGCACCCUGACGCGCAUGAUGACCCGCUUCAAGGAGCUCAUCGCCACACUGCCCCGCCACCAGACCUCGGGCCUGCAGGCCGUGGUCCACCAGCUGCGCUGGUUUGCUGGCAACCAGAUCCGCAACGUGUCGGCUGUGGGCGGCAACAUCGUGACCGGCUCGCCCAUCUCGGACCUCAACCCCAUCUGGAUGGCGGCGGGGGCCACCUUUGUGGCGCUGGGAAAGGGCACCGGCGAGAGGGCCGUGCCCGCCUCCCAGUUCUUCACCGGCUACAGGCAGGUGGACCUGCAGCCACACGAGGUGUUGUACAAGGUGGUGGUGCCGCUGACCCGGCCGCACGAGUAUGUCAAGGAGUUCAAGCAGAGCCCGCGGCGCGAGGACGACAUCGCCAUCGUCAACGCGGGCAUGCGUGUGAAGCUGGCGCCCGGCUCCGAGGAGGGCGUGUGGGUGGUGGAGGAGGCGGCGGUGGCGUAUGGCGGCGUGGCGGCUCGGGCCGUGAUGGCGCCCGCGGUGGCGGCGGCGCUGGUCGGCAAGCCCUGGGACAAUACCACUCUGCAGGCCGCGCUGGCCGCCGUGCGCCAGGACGUGGUGAUGGCGGACAACGCCCCCGGCGGCAAGGUGGAGUUCCGCCGCGCCCUGGCCGCAGCCUUCCUGUUCAAGUUCUUCGUGCACGCGGCGCUGGCGCUGGAGGCGGACACGCAGGCGGCCUACAAGGCGGAUGUGCCCCAGGACCAGCGCUCGGCGGCCAAGCCUUAUGAGCGCCACCCAGCCCGCGGCGUGCAGUUCUGGGCCGACCCCCAGGCCCCCCGAACGCCCGAGGAGGUGUCAGUGGUGGGCCAGCCCCACCACCACAUGGCGGCGGAGCUGCAGACCACGGGCGAGGCCACCUACACGGAUGACAUCAAGCUGACCGCGGACGGGCUGGUGGGCGCGCUGGUCACCUCCGUCAAGCCGCACGCGCGCAUCACGCGGCUGGACCCCUCGGCGGCGCUCAAGGUGCCGGGUGUGGUGGGCUUCUACUGCGCCAGGGACGUGCCCGGCUCAAACAUGAUCGGCCCGGUGUGGACGGAUGAGGAGGUGUUCGCGACCACGGAGGUCACGUGCGUGGGCCAGGUGAUUGGCAUUGUGGUGGCUGACACGGAGGCGGCUGCGCGCGCUGGCGCCCGGGCUGUGGAGGUGGGGUACGAGGAGCUGCCUGCGGUCAUGUCCAUUGAGGAGGCCAUCGAGGCGGGCAGCUUCUGGGAGGACUACAAGGGCAAGCUGGAGUGUGGCGACGUGGACGGCGCAUGGGCUAGCUGCGACCACGUGGUCACCGGCACCUACAAGGUGGGCGGCCAGGAGCACUUCUACCUGGAGCCGGGCAACUGCUGCGUCAUCCCGCACGAGAAUGACGAGUUCACGCUGUUCAGCAGCACACAGGCUCCCGCCAAGCACCAGAAGUACGUGGCGCACGUGUUGGGCGUGCCCGCACACAAGAUCGUGUCCAAGACCAAGCGCCUGGGCGGCGGCUUCGGCGGCAAGGAGACCCGCGGCAUCUUCCUGCACUGCGCCGCCGCCGUGCCCGCCUACCACCUGCGGCGCCCCGUGCGGCUGUGCCUGGACCGGGACGAGGACAUGCAGAUGACGGGCCAGCGCCACGCCUUCCUGGCCACCUACAAGGUGGGCUUCUCCAAGGAGGGCCGUGUGCUGGCAGCCGAGCUGGACCUGUACAAUAACGCCGGCAACAGCCACGACCUCAGCCACAGCAUCAUGGACCGCGCGCUGCUGCACUCGGACUGCUGCUACAAGGUUCCGCACAUGCGCGUGCGCGGCCACAUGUGCAAGACGCACCAGGCCUCAAACACCGCCUUCCGCGGCUUCGGCGGCCCACAGGGCCUCAUGUUCGCAGAGAUGUGGAUCGAGCAGAUCGCCAAGACGGUGGGUAAGCCCGACCACGAGGUCCGCACACUGAACAUGUACAACGAGGGAGACGUCACACACUUCGGCCAGGUGAUGGAGCACUGCCGCGCCCGCGCCUGCUGGGACACCGUGCUGGCCUCCAGCGACUACAGCCGCCGCCUGGGUGCGGUGGCGGAGUUCAACGCCGCGCACCGCUGGCGCAAGCGCGGCCUGGCAGCCACGCCCACCAAGUUCGGCAUCUCCUUCACCACCAAGUUCCUAAACCAGGCUGGCGCGCUGGUGCACGUGUACCUUGACGGCACGGUGCUGGUCACACACGGCGGCGUGGAGAUGGGGCAGGGGCUGCACACCAAGAUGGCGCAGGUUGCGGCACAGGCGCUCAACGUGCCGCUGAGCAAGGUGUUCAUCAGCGAGACCUCCACCGACAAGGUGCCCAACGCCUCCCCCACCGCCGCCUCCGCCUCCUCCGACAUGUACGGCGCGGCGGUGCUAGACGCCUGCCAGCAGAUCGCGGGACGCCUGCAGCCCUACCGCACCCCCGGCCGCACCUGGAAGGAGUGCGUGAACGCCGCCUACCUGGACCGCGUGGACCUGUCCGCGCACGGCUUCUACAUCACCCCCGACAUCACCGGCUUUGGCGGCACACGGCCCUUCAACUACUUCUGCUUCGGCGCGGCGGUCAGCGAGGUGGAGGUGGACGUGCUAACGGGCGACAUGCAGAUCUUGCGCAGCGACCUGGUGAUGGACGUGGGCAACCCCAUCAACCCCGCCAUCGACAUCGGCCAGGUGGAGGGCGGCUUCGUGCAGGGCAUGGGCUGGCUGGUGCUGGAGGAGCUCAUGUGGGGGGACAAGCAGCACCCGUGGGUCCGCCCCGGCCACCUGUUUACCAAGGGCCCGGGCACAUACAAGAUCCCCUCCGUCAACGACAUCCCCGUGGACUUCCGCGUUGCGCUGCUGGCGGACGCGCCCAACACCCGCGCCGUGCACAGCAGCAAGGCCGUGGGCGAGCCGCCCUUCCACCUGGGCGCCUCCGUGUUCUUCGCGCUCAAGGAGGCUGUGUACGCGGCCCGCUCCGCCGCCGGCCGCCCCGGCUACUUCGUGCUGGACGCGCCGGCCACGCCGGAGCGGCUGCGGCUGCUGUGCGCGGACGAGCUGGUGGCGCCCUACGCAGACCCAGACAUCAGGCCCAAGAUCAGCUGCUAAGCCGGGGGCUGUGCUACGCGGCGCAGGCAACGCAGGGAGGGAGCCAAGUUGGCAACUGCCAAGUCACGACAUGGUGACAUGGCGCCGUGCUUGAUGCAAGGCGUGGGGCAUAGUGGAUGAGUGAAGAAUUCUAUUUGGCUUCUAACGGAACAGCGGCGUUGAAGAGGCGGCAUCUGAAAGGUCGAGCCGUUGCUUUGUGCGUGUGCAUGUGUGUACGCGCGACCUUCUGUGUGCUGUAAUGGUAUUGCGCCGAGCCUUUGAGCUCAUGUACGGUACUGCUGACGCCAAGGACAAUCUGUAUCUGCUCUCCGUUGUGUUGCUGUCAUGAAAUGUGUCCGGCCGGGACUCCCUACCGGUACCAGCUGUAACUGCGGGUUUACCCAAGGCGGCCGCCUCGGCGGUUGUUGCAUGUGCACGCGUGUACGAUCGUGUACGGUCGGUAUCUGGGCAGAGAUGGUGGCCUUGGUUAGUCGGCUGGCCUAUAUGUGGCUGCGGCGCCUCUGUGGUGAGCCAUACGUUACCGUGUCAUCUUUGGCAUUGCGUGCCAGGAGCUGGUGAGCAUAGCAAAUGAUUCCGUGGCUUUUCAAUACCAAAUUGCGGCAGUCAACAGUUACGACUGAAUGUCACGAUGCCCAGGACUGUACAUGCCGUAUUGAGUCUUUGGACUCGUGAGCAAAGCGCGCCGGCCCGUGGUCGUGCCGGUGCGGCGCUGGCAGUGCACGCACGUAACGCGGGCAUGUGCUCUUUCGUGAUUUAGCCGUGGCCAUGUGCGUGAGGACCUGAAUGUGCUGUGUGCAUAUGACACUUUCUCUAGUUAGAAGGCGCGGAUAGGGUGGCGAAGAUGCCAGCACGAGAACAAGUGGCGUCCGCGUUGUUCAGGGGUCUGCGUGCUAGUGUGCAAUCGGGAUUCAUCGGAAACAGAGCCAGCGCUUGUGCCAAGCCAUAGCAUUACGUAGUAAUAAUAUGUACACAGAAUGUGAAAAGGUGAAGGGCUGCUGGUUGGAGCGGGAUUCGGACAGCCGCAGUCGCAGACGCUGGCGCCAGGAGGCUGGAUGGCCUCCUCGCAACCCCUCUUGAGGUUUCGCGUGACUUGCGUGCCCCUGCACGGCUUCAAUUUAUUCUGUCGUAUGAUAGUUCCCAUCGCGUGUAAAAUUUUGCCGGC